UCACUAACCCCGCAAUCCUUAUCUAGCCCACCUUCAUUGUCUUGGCAACUUUUCCCAAGUAUUCAAUGUUCCAAUUCUCUUACCUUUUUAAUAAUAACUGCACGUAUAUAUAUAUAUAAAAUAAUUGUAAAAACCAACCUUUCUGGAGGCUUCUAAGGAGAGAGCUAUUGAUCUCCCCCUCUAAAAAAAUGCUGAGGUUUCGUGGUGCUGUAAUCUUGCAGCCUUUGUUGAAUACUACUGCGUUUUGCAGAUUGUCGCAUAUAAAUUUAUGCGUGUGUGCGUGAUUUGUAUAAUCUUGAAAGGGGUUUGGCUGGUUUCGAGGUGAAAUCCCAGUUCUUGAAAUUUGUCGACAAGAUUGAAUUUUUGUGAGAAUACUUUUUGUUGAGCUGAGAAAUGGCAGCUGAGGAAGAGAAAAACAGUGAUUUCUAUGCUGUUAUGGGGCUGAAGAAAGAAUGCACGCCAGCUGAGCUGAGAAAUGCCUACAAGAAACUUGCAAUGAAAUGGCAUCCGGAUCGUUGCAGUGCUUCUGCAAAUCAAAAGUUUGUGGAAGAGGCAAAGAAAAAAUUUCAAGAUAUUCAGCAAGCUUAUUCUGUUCUUUCGGAUGCAAACAAAAGGUUUCUGUACGAUGUAGGAGUCUAUAACAGCGAUGAUGAUGAUGACGAAAAUGGUAUGGGUGAUUUCUUGAAUGAAAUGGCAACAAUGAUGAACCAAAAUAAGUCAAAUGAAAGUAGAAACGAGAGUUUUGAAGAUCUGCAAGUUCUCUUUCAGGAGUUAUUCCAGAGUGACACUGAUACCUUCGGCUCUUCUUCUCGUUCAACCACUCCUCCCACGUGUGUCUCAUCCCAAGAUUCUUGCAGUGAGACAUCAAGCACCUCGAACAAGAGGAACUCCUCCGAGAUGAGCUCUAGAAAGUUCACCACUGAAGCCACACGACCCGAGGGAUUCUGCAUAAGGGCGGAGCAUCAGCAAAACGCAGGGAGAGCAUCCGGAGAAAGAAUGCCAAGAAGGGCCAGAGGUAGCAGCAGGCGGGAUGGCCGGAAACAGAAGAUCUCGAGUGGUCACGAUGUCUCAUCUAGAGGCAUAUCUGCCUAGAUAUGCUGCACUGCAACAUCAAGCUCUGGUAUGGUUGGAAGUUUUGUUAUACUGAGCUCUAACAUUUGCCUAAUCCUACAUAUUAUAUACUCAACAAAUUGAGAUGCGAAUUCCGCACUCGUUUGUGUUUGAAGCUGUGAUGUGCUAAGUGUCUCUUGGCAUAUUGUUAGUUGAUUUUGUGUUUCAUGUUUAUUUUCUUCGCUUGUAUUUGUGUAUGGACGCAUUUGAAGUUCAUAUGUAUUGAUGAUCAAGCUUUCUUCUUCUUUUC